AUGUUUGAGUUUCAAUCUCAUUUGCUCACUCUGGGAAAGCUUGUAUGCAAUGAGCAAGCCGCUCUCGCAGGAGGGUGCUACAAGGGCUACCUAGACAAGGACUGCACAUGUCCUAGUGUCCCGUACCUGGAUGCGCUGAAACGAUGCCUCAAAGCUGCCUGCCCUUACUCUGACUGGGAAAGUAAGUUAAAGGUUCACGUCAAAAUUCUUGCAAUUAUACAGCUUGCUGACAUUGGCUGA